CAUGGCGGAGUUGCUGAAGAUAAAACGCGAAGUUGAAGAGUUCAAAAAGGAAUACUUCAACAGAAACAGCCAAGCUGAGGAGAGCAGACAGAGGGAGAACCGUGCCGCCCUCCGGAUCCAGAGCUGGUUCAGAGCCUGCAGGGUGCGUGCUUACCUCAGCCAUCUGCACAAGAAAGCAAUCACUAUACAGAAGAUAUGGCGGGGCUUCACAGCAAGGGCACGUUUCAGACAAAUGGUGAAGGCGGCAUAUUUGAUCAUGAAGAUGAAUUUCUACGAGGAGAUGGCGGUCAGGAUCCAGCGGAGAUGGAGAGGAUUCUUUGUGAGGAAAUAUAUUCAUAACUUCUACGCACGCAAGAGAUACCUGGAAGGACUUUCCAGGAAGAACGCACUUGUCAGGAGGGAGCUGGGUGAACUUGAGGAACUCCAGAAGAGAGAGAGGGACUGCCUGGAGAUGGUGAAAGAGCAGACUGCAAAGGUCCACAAAGCUCACCGGUUACACCACCUCCUCAGUACCAAGCAGUGCCCUGGGGUCUUCAACUCUCCAUUUAGGCCGGCCCCCCAUGAGAUGGAGCUACUGCUGAGGCAGGUCAAGUACCAGACCCCCACCAGGCUGGCCCCCAGUGGCAAGUCUUGUCUCUUGGGUAUGCCUGGCCCUGCAGCCCAGAGUUACCCAGGGACUCUUGGGUCCCCUUUGAACAAAACCACUGGAACCUGCUUCUCACCCAGGCUCGUGCUGCCUCCCAUUGCUACCAAGAAACAGCAGGGUCUGUUCAGAGAGCCAGGGGAAGUGUGGGAGCAGCGUGUGCGUUGUCCUGACCUGACGUUACAUCUGCAGACUUCUUACACACACCUGGAGGAGGCCCAGAGUCAGCUUCGACAACACAAGUCCAUGACACUCCCCUCUGGCAGAAUAGAAACAGGAAGUAGAAUCCGCCAUCUGAGCCACAACAGCAAAUCCUUUACUCAGCCAGCCUGCGGCAACAGCGUCAGUUUGUAGAUUAGACUCUGACUCCAA